AGGGGGACUCAGCAAACAGUCUGCAGUUUCUGGAGCUGCUCUGAGCUGUUGGCAAACACCAGUCUGAAGAGAGAUUCGAAGACUUCAUGAAGUUGCAGGGGUUCUUCUAAAGUCCAACUCUCUGAUUAGGAUGGUACAGUCCCUGCCAUAGCUGUGGUACAAGAGUAAAUAGUAUCCUGUUCCUUCUGAAAAUUCCCUCUUGGUGUCUGGUGUAGCUUAGAGCAUCCCAAUGUCCAUGGGUGGCCCAUUAGGGUGGCCAGCCCUGCUCUCCCUGCUUUUGGUGGUGGCGAUACCUUUUUUCUGCUCAGCCAUAUCCAUAGAUGAAGCACGAACCCAGCUGUUGAUGAGAGAGAAGAUGCUGCAGCUGGGGGGGCAGCUGGUGCUGACCGAGCAGGAGGAGCUGGCCAAUGAGAGGCUCAUGGCUCUCAAAAAGGCUGAGGUGGUGCAGGCCAUGAAGAUCCAGAAUUUCCCUCCCAGCAUGCACUUCUUCCAGGCCAAGAAUCUCAUCGAGAAAAGUCAGGUGUUUAGUAUCCUGAAGAAGAUGCCAAAAGGGGCUGCCUUACAUGUCCAUGACUUCGGCAUCCUGAGCAUGAACUGGCUGGUGAAAAAUGUCACCUAUAGGCCCCACUGCCAUUUCUGUAUCACCCCGAAGGGGGCCCUGUCAUUCAAAUUUGCUUAUCCAACACCCCCUACCCCUAUGCCAGCAGAGUGUUCAGAGUGGGUUUUGCUGGAGAAGUAUCGAAAGGAGAUGCAGAACGUCACUGAGUUUGACAACGGACUGCUAAGGAAUUUCACGCUGAUGACCGAGAACCCAGAGGUGGAUUAUGCAAACCAAAAUAUCGUCUGGUCCAAGUUUCAAAGCAUCUUCUUCACGAUCUCUGGCCUUGUCCACUAUGCACCAGUGUUCAGAGACUAUAUCUUCCAGGCUCUGGAGGAGUUCUACCAGGACAAUGUGCUCUACCUGGAGCUCAGAGCCAUGCUGCUCCCGGUAUAUGAACUGAAUGGGACCAUCCAUAACCAGGAGUGGUCAGUGAGGACUUACAGAGAAGUGGCUUAUAUGUUUGCGAAAAAGCAUCCUGGAUUUAUUGGAAUCAAACUCAUUUAUUCAGAUCGCAGAUUCAAAAAUGUGUCCUUCAUCAUGAAAUCCAUCCAAACGGCUAUGAUGCUUCGGGCCACAUUCCCCAGGAUGGUGGCAGGCUUUGACUUGGUGGGGCGUGAGGACACUGGCUAUACCUUGUAUGACUACAGGAAGGCUUUGAUGAUACCCACCUUGCAGGGCAUUAAACUGCCUUACUUUUUCCAUGCUGGAGAGACAGACUGGCAGGGUACUUCCAUAGAUAGAAAUCUUCUGGAUGCUCUAAUACUGAACUCUACCAGGAUUGGCCAUGGAUUUGCUUUGACCAAACACCCCGCAGUCUGGGCUGACUCCUGGAAGAAGAACAUCCCCAUAGAAGUUUGUCCCAUCUCCAACCAGGUUCUGAAACUGGUGUCUGACUUGAGAAAUCACCCUGCUGCUGUUCUGAUGGCCACUGGGUACCCCAUGGUGAUCAGCUCUGAUGACCCAGCUGUCUUUGGUGCCAAAGGUUUAUCCUAUGAUUUCUAUGAGGCCUUCAUGGGCAUUGGGGGAAUGGCAGCUGAUCUGAGGACCCUUAAACAGCUGGCUAUGAACUCUAUCAAGUUCAGCACCUUGUUGGAUACUGAGAAAAAGGCUGCCAUGAAAACCUGGGAGGAAAGAUGGAAUAAGUUUGUAGCCGACCUGGCUAGGAGGCCAAAAGAGAGAGAGUGAGCACAAGCAAGGGGAGCAGCAGAGUGAGAGGGAGAAGCAGGCUCUCCACUGAUCAGGGAGCCCCAAGCGGGGCUCUAUCCCAGGACCAUGACCCGAGCCGAAGGCAGAGGCCCAACCAAUUGAGCCUCCCAGGCGCCCCUAAAUUUUAUUGUAUUUAAAAUAAAAAUUUUGAAUAGGUAUACAAUCAUAUUUUUAAAAAGAAAAAAAUAUGUGAAAAGAACAGAUUGGAAAGUCUUAUGUCCAUACCAACUUCACCCCAUCCUCUUUCGCACCCCAACUAUUUUUCCCACAAUACUUAGUAGUUUCUCAUGUUUCUUCGUGCAAAAUAAACAAGUGCAAAUAUGAA